AUGACAGAGACUCCGAUUGUAAAGGAGAUCACAUUCUUUCGAUUGGACGAAGACUUCAUUAGAUUUCAGGUCAGUUAAAAGUUAAUUGGGGUGGAAACCGUCUUAGUCCCCUUUCUUUCGCGCUACAUUGUAAACUGUAAAUUGUAUAAAAUGGCGGUUCUUAUGCUAGCGAAGAUGAAGUGGUCUAGACGUAUUUAACGUAAAACGUUUCAGACAUCAUAUCAAUUCGUCUUUGGCCCCGGUAGUUCAAACGUUGGAUAGUACUACCGUAUUUAUUCGGUUAACCGCCCUGGGCGCUUAUUAAAUUUUUGGACCUUGAGAGUUGGCGCCUAUUCGAGGUGGGCGUUUAUUCGAGGCUGGGCGCUUAUUAAAUUUUCACCAUUCUCAGCAAGUGUAGUAGUAUUUUACAACAAAACAGUAAAUGGAACUAAAAAAAAACGAAGAUGUAGCAAAGCAAGUUUUCUAUAAAAUACUCUGAAGAAAACUCCGUCUUCGGGAGGGUCUCUUAUUAUCUCUUAUUGGAAUUUUUGUGGGAGAGAGUGGGGUGGGGUGGGCGCUUAUUCGAGGCUGGGCGCUUAUUAACUUUUUCUGCCUUUAGCAUGGGCGCUUAUUCGAGGUGGACGCUAAUUCGAGGUUGGGCGCUUAUUCGAAUAAAUACGGUAUCCACCGGAUAAAUCACUAUCCAACGGAUAAGAUAAGUAUAAAGGGAAACCACCUGCGCUAUCCACUGAAUAGAGAUUUAUCCUGUUGAUAGACUUAAACAAGUUUUGAACAACUAUGGCCUGGAGGCCAGCACAUUGACAACGCCUAGCUAAGAACCAACAACGGAAUUUAAUGAGAGCUAGGCAUUUAAUUUCAAUCGUUUAGUAAUCCGCUUGUUUCGGGAAAGCUGGGGUCAAACGGACACACAGCGAAUAAAAACCUGCGAAAAACGCCGUCUCUUAAUGCUCCGCGUCGUUCACGGAACGUUGCCAGCAUCUGUGAUUUUCUUAGAACAGGAUGUUUGAUAGGAUCUCUGUGUUUCAAAGAAUAAACUAAGAUUACAAGCAGCUCUCUGUUGAGUACUUUAUUAUUUUGUUUCUUGUACUUAGGAUACCGUGGGAAACGCAGUGAAUCAUCUGAAGGAACUUGCAUGUAAAGCUCUAGACGAUUCACCGGAAACACCCGAAAAGCCCGCGGAGAUCGCUCGAAUAAUCUUCGCCGAUCCCAUUAUUAGCGACUUCCUCAUUCGAACUUCGCGCCUGGCCGUGUUUUCUAAAGAGUUGGCCAAAUCCUUCAGAAGCAAUCUUGAUGCACUUGCAGCAGUCAAGCAACUCAAAUUUUUCUACAACUUACCAACUGUCGCUGUGCUCCAGCAACUUGCGAAUCUUGUCGCUGGGUAAGUAAUAAUUCAAAAUUCCAAGGACGUUAACACGCUCGUCACUAAUUUACUCUCUAGCGUCACAUGUGCCUUACACGCAUCUACACGGGGCAUAUUAUCACGUAGAAUGAACAUUACAUGCAGUCGAGUCUUUUGUAGCCUGUCCCAGGCUCCGAGAUAGUCGAGUCCGCUGAAUUGAGAAAGCGCGAACACGAAAAUAAAACGGGAGGAAACUGGGGAGAGAAGGGGCGGCUCUCUCCUUCCCUUUUCCUUUUUCCCGCCCCGCCAACCUUUCGCGUGCCUUUUUCUUUGGCGUCUUCCCCACUAUCUGAGAACCUGGAACAGGCCGUCUUUUGUGGGGCGCGUGACGAACCCCUAAGAACGUUUGCGUGGGAGGCUACUGAGAUGUUCCAAAUUCAUCGAUUUCACUGGGAUUAACUUUGAUUUUUUGGAUGAGAGGUCACAUGUCGCACAUGUAGGAUCAAUUGUACUAUAUUUUCUUCAGGGGCACCCAACGGCAAUUUUCGGGAAAAUAUCUGUUCGGAAGACGAUUUGAGAUCUAGAAUUUUCGGAGCAUUUGUUGUAAAAUUUUUUGCUUGCCUGCCUCUCCUAGGAUUUUCGAACAUCUACAAAAUGAUAUAAUUACCCAUUUUUAACGGAUUUUGACCCUAAAAAAGGCCACCUAGAAUUUUCGGGAGCCUUUUCCUGGCUGAAAUUUUCGAGAAGGUAAGUUUUUGUCCCUAUAAUUUUCGGAUCACUAGACUUUCAGCUAGGAAAUCCGAACAGAUGAAAAGUUUUUAGGGGAUAAAAAUAUGCCUAUAUCUACCGUUUGAAUACUAAAAUACGUUGAACAAUGCUAUGUUAAGUGGUUUUGAACUAUAUUCUCGUUGGGUGCCCCUGUUUUCUUCUCCUUUUUCUCAUCACAGAACGGAUGCUGUAGAGGCAACGCAGAAAUGGAACAACAUAGUUGAGAGGAUUGCAGAAUGCAAACUUGGAUUUAUGCCUAUGCGUAUCCUACUUCAAGAAAUAAACGCACCGCCAUGCUAUGAGGACAAUGCAGAGUACCUAAAGGACGAUGAACCCCAUGCGGUUUACCCCACGUCCAUUUAUCGUACUUCUCACAGUUAUGUGUUGGCCAAACCAGACGCUUCCGUCAUCGAAGGUAUCAUGGGAUUGACCCUAACAACGUCCAUUAAGAUCGUCUACGGCUUGCUGAGUCCCGAGAAUCACGAGCUUAAAAAAAUUUAUCAGCCUUUCGGGAGGUACGUCAACCGAUCGUUCAAGAGAAUUCUCAAGGCUUCGGUUUUAGUUUGAGCCAGUUUCUGCCUGAUGAAUGCAACCUUUUUAGUCUUGAGAAUUCUCUUUAUGAUGCUCAACCUCACAGUGAGCUUCACGCAUUCAAUAAUUGCUUAUUAUUAGAAACAUACCGGUUUCUAUUACACAUGUUUCAAAUAAUUAAUAUACUGUUUUCAUCUUCAGGUGCUUGGCUGUUGUCGACAACAAAGUGGAGAAACUUUAUGGCGAGGCUAUUCAAGCUUACUUUGAUCAACAUAAUAUCGAGCUGAAGAAGCUUAUUUUCUCUGGUAAUGAGACCGAUAAACACAUUUCAGUAGUGGAAAAAAUCUUGGUUGCAUUAAAGAAGAACCGUGCAUCCAGAAAUCAGCCGGUGUUGGUUGUAGGUGGGGGCGUCAUAGCAGACGUUACCGGCUGUGCAACGGCGCUGUAUCACCGAAACACGCCUUACGUGAUGGUCUGUACAAGCGUCGUAACUGGUAUAGAUGCUGGGCCUUCUCCGCGCAGGGGAUGUGAUGGGUUUGGAUUCAAGAAUCUGUUCGGUGCAUACCACCCACCUGUGAUUACCUUCACCGACAGAUCCUUCUUCAAGACCCUCCACCGUGGCUGGGUGCGUCAUGGGAUCGCUGAAAUCAUCAAAAUGGCAGUGAUUCGAGACGAAAGCCUUUUCUGCCUAGUGGAGCAGAACUCGUCUGAUCUUCUGUGGACGAAGUUUGGUACCGACAUGGCUGAAUUUGAUGGUGAUCACGAAGCUUUUGGAAAGCUGUGCGAUCUUGUGAUUGGUAAAUCUCUUGAAGGGUUAGUGUUUUUUUUGGAAAAUUAUCGCCCUAUUUUUUUCAGUUCUUUUGCGUUUUAAGAGUGUCUAUCGAGAAUAACUGCUCGCCCUAUGUGAGGGAAUCUGGAUUCAGAAUCCAGGAAAGUUUUGCUUGGGAAAUCCGGAAUUCCAAAAGCGUUUUGAAUCCGGAAUCCAAGUUCCACUGACAAAGAAUCCUGGAAUCACGUUGGUUACCCUGUGGUGCAGAGAGACGGGUGGACGGACGUACGGUCACGUGACUACCAAAGAGGGCUCGGGACAUGCGCGUGGAGCUCCGCUGUUAAUAGGCCAUUUUACAGUUAUGGAUGGAAGCGAAGCUGGAGUUGACCUUGUUUUUAUACAAACCUUCCUGCUUCAUUAUCCAAAUGAAGUUAUUCUUAUGCUAACUAGUAUUUUUCCAGGACAACUUCCAUAACAAAACAAAGGAGGUUUGUAUCAGAACAAGGUCGCCGUCAGCUUCACAUUCACUCGAAGGCUAGGCUACCAAGUCCACAACUGCAAAAUGGUCUAUUGAGGGCACCGUCAGUUUUUACGUCUCCUACUUGAGACGGGCCCGCUAUUUUAAGUGGUCAUUGGAGCCACGUGAAGGUCUAGCCAUUGCACGGCAAAGACAGUAGCUUUAUUUCCCAGAUUACUGGUCCGGCCUCGCGGGGGUUCGGCCCGCUACCUCCCGCUCUGCUGUCAAGGGCAGCCUCCUCCUCAGGCGCUUCGUUUUUCGCAUGGCAGAGGCGAGCGCGAAACGAGUGACUGGUGAUGAACCGCAAGGGACCAUGGGAAGGGUACAGGUUGUAUCCUUCCCGCCUUCCUUUGCGCGCACAUUUUCAUCAAAAGAGAGACGUCUGGGUACGAGGCAGUGUCAAGGGCUCUACCAACUGAGCUAGAUCUGACGCGGCUACUUUCUUUUUCUUCUGUAAAUUUGUCAAUUUUGGUUUGUUUGUUUUUUUCCUUUUCAGUUAUGUGAGAUCUGAGUAUGGUAGUCUAUGGGAAACACAUCAGUGUCGACCACAUGCCUACGGCCAUACAUGGACCCCAGGAUACGAGCUUCCAUCUGGCAUGCUCCAUGGUCACGCUGUAUCGACUGGAAUGGGCUUUGGGGCUUACCUUUCUUUCUGCGAGGGUUGGACCACUAGAGGUGAAAUUGAUCGCAUCCUUUCGCUGCUGAGUAAUCUUGAAUUGUCUUUAUGGCACCCAAUCAUGGAAGAUGUCGAUCGUCUCUACAGUGCCCAAGAGAAAGUAAUUGAGAAGCGUGGGGGUAAUCUUGCAGCCCCUGUUCCCAAGGGAAUUGGUAAAUGCGGAUACAUCAACCACAUGCCUCACGACCGUCUGGCAAUGCGCCUUCAAGAGUACCACGAGAUCUGUCAAGGGUACCCUAGAGGAGGCCAAGGAGUGGAGGUACACUGUAAGGAUGUCGGUUUAGAGGACCCGGCAACGAUGGGCCUCGUGAAUCAGGAGCUUCCUGGAGAUGUCAAUGGGCACGAAAAUGGUUGCCAUGAGAACGAGAAAGAAAAGGAAGAAACCAACCAGGCCAACACAAGCAAGGCAUGUUAG